UCGAGUGUUGUAACAGAAGCUCGAGUAAUGAGGUUCUUAUCCUUACCCUAGGGAAUAAUACCAAACAGAACUAGCUCUUAGAGAGAUUUACAUGACAUUAAUGAGGUCUUAUUCUGUUCUUUAGUCCUCAUUAAAGCUGCUUGAUUAAUGUGCAGAACAUCUGGGAGAGCUUUUGUUUGUGCCAUAAAAUCACAUGGAAACCAUCAAAUUAAGCAACGGUGGUUCGCUACCCGCUCUUGGUCUUGGGACAUGGAAAAGCAAACCAGAUAAGGUCACCUAUGCCGUGGAAAUGGCGAUAAAAGCUGGAUACAGACACAUUGACUGCGCAGCAGUUUAUGGUAAUGAAAAAGAGGUCGGACAGGCUUUAAAGUCUUGUAUCGGAAAAACGGUGAAUAGGAAAGAUUUGUUCAUCACAUCCAAGUUAUGGAACACAAAGCACAACCCCACUGAUGUGCAUUCUGCUGCAGAGCAAACUCUUAGUGACUUAGGACUCAAUUAUCUUGACUUGUAUCUCAUACACUGGCCUGUAUCCUUUAAGGAUGGUGAUGUCAGUUUUCCAAAGGAUGAUGAUGGAAAUAUUAUUUAUGCAUACCAUGAUCCAUGUGAUACUUGGAAAGCAAUGGAAACACUUGUGGAUGAUGGUCUUGUCAAAGCAAUUGGUUUAUCAAAUUUCAACAGCAAACAAGUGGAUGAUAUCCUAUCUAAAAGCAGAAUAAAACCUGCUGUUCUCCAGGUCGAAUGUCAUCCUUACUUCAAUCAAGCUCAGCUCAUAGAACAUUGCAGGAAAAGAGACAUUGUUGUGACAGCAUACAGUCCGCUUGGAUCCCCUGGCCGCCCACAGGCUAAACAAGAAGACUGGAGUCUACUGCAUGACCCAAAGAUAGAGGAAAUUGCCAACGAAUAUGGAAAGUCUCCUGCUCAAGUCUGUAUUCGCUUUCAGAUACAGAGGGGUGUCUCUGUUAUACCUAAAAGUGUCACACCUGCCCACAUUCAAAGCAACUUUGAAGUCUUUGAUUUCAUCCUCUCUGAUGAAGACAUGAGGCUCAUUGAAUCCAUCAACAAAUCUUGGAGAGCUCUUAUUCCCAUGAAAGAAGUUGACGGUAAGAAAGUCCCUCGAGAUAGUGCUCAUCCUCAUUAUCCCUUCAAUAUUCCAUUUUAAUAUUUGUCAGAACUAUAUUUGUAUUACAAACUCUAAACAGAUGGACUCAGAGUCAUUGCCACUGUAUUGUAUAUUUAUUUAAGUAAAAAAUUGGAAAAAAAUAUUUGUGCUGU